AUGAAAACACUUUCCGCCACGCUUGUCACGGAAGACCCGGAAAAACCCGGUUCUUAUCACGCUGUCGCCAAAAUAAAAUUAAAGCGACCCGGUUUCCUUCAUUCGACAAACGCUUUCAGCCAUCCUGCCAAUGACGACGGGAAGACCAGCGCGAAGCCCCGGACACAAACGGGGGAGGCUGAUAUCUAUACGAACGCCGCCGCUCUCACGCAUCCCGAAGUUGCUGCCGAGAUGUUUAACUUGAUAUAUCCCGAUUUUAUUCUUGCUGUUUUGUUCUUCGCGCCGGAUCACUUUUUUGCGCAAAGUAUGUCCGGGAAACGCUAUUCUACCUAUGGGCAGCAAACUACGCUGACUUAUUUCGACAGAGGCAGGGAAGCGUGGCGUGGCGCCUCUUAUCGUGUUCUUGAAAUUGAUGUCCGUAUCGAAGACAAAAAAGCCAAUCCUAAACUUACUUUGCGCAAAAUAGAUUUGUAUAUCGGCGUGGACGGAUUGGCGCAUCGCCUUCUGAUGUUUAAUCCACGAUUAAGCGACGGGCACAAACAUAAAAGAGCAGAAACCCAGAUCGCCACAGAAAUUAAUCCGCUCAUAACGGACAGCGAACUCAACGCGCCUGGCAGCAGCCCUGCGUCUUUCGACAAACACAAACGCUGUAUGGAAAAUGAAAACGAAAAGGCCGCCGUCGCCGAGCCACCCCUGCCGGAAGUCCGCCUGGGCCGCGCUGAGACCCUGCCCGACGACGCGGAAAUAGAUAGAGCGCUGGGCCGCCUGUUAGCCCCGCGCAUUGAGGAGCAAACGGAAAUGUCCCCUACGGGAGAAUUUGAUAACGAUGUGGUGGUAAUCGGUUCCGGCCCCGGCGGCUACGUUGCCGCCAUUCGCGCCGCGCAGCUGGGCGCGCGAACGGUCUGCAUCGAAAAAGAGGCGAGCGAAUGGGGCGGGACGUGCCUGAACUGGGGCUGUAUCCCGACCAAAACCAUGAUUGCAAGCGUGGAGCGUCUGCACCAUGUGAAAUCCGCCGCCACGAUGGGCGUUAUAGUCGGCGGCGAAAUUAGUUUUGAUUUCGGCAAAAUGAUGGAGCGCAAGCAGAAAGUUGUGACGAAUUUGCGCGGCGGCGUACAGGCUCUUCUGAAAAGCAAUCAUGUCCGCUCGAUUGUCGGCACGGCGCGGCUAGUGGACGCGCAUACAGUGGAAGUCUGCCUGCCGGACGGCCAAACCGAGCGUUUUACGACGGACAAAGUGAUUCUGGCGACCGGUUCCGUUCCCGUGAUGCCGCCUAUUCCGGGCGUGGAGCGCAAUCCCGAUGAUCCGCGCGGCAUCAGCAGCAAUGGAAUUUGGACCAGCGACGAGGCGGUUGCCUCUACCGCCUGCCCGAAAACUAUGGUAAUUAUCGGCGCGGGCGCGGUCGGCCUGGAAUUCUCCUACGUGUUCCGCAACCUUGGGGCAGAAGUGGACGUAAUCGAAAUCGCGCCGGAAGUUCUGCCUACAGGCGAUGCGGAGAUAUCGAAAGAACUACGUAAACUCUUAUCGCGGACGGGCAUCCGGUUCCAUGUCGGGGCCAAAGUGGUUGGAGUAGAGCACAAGGGCGCGACACGAAUCGUUACGGUGCAGGUCGGUGAGGAAACGAAAACCAUUGAGGCCGAAGUGGUUCUGGUUGGCGCGGGACGCAAAGCGUUCUUCGAGGGGCUGGGGCUGGAAAAAGUCGGCGUUCAACUGCACAAGCGGGGCGUAGAAGUCAACGACUAUUUGCAGACCAGCGUCAGCAACAUUUAUGCGAUUGGCGAUGUCGUCGGCAAACAAUUGCUGGCGCAUCUGGCGUCGCACAUGGGGAUUGUGGCGGCGGAAAACGCGAUGGGCCAUGAAACGAAAAUGGACUAUCGGGCCGUUCCCGCCCCGAUCUACACUUCGCCCGAAGUGGCCUCCGUCGGCCUUACGGAAGAAGAAGCGCGGGCGCAGGGCUACGACGUGAUGACGGGGCGCUUCCCGUUCCGCCCGUUGGGACGCGCUAUGGCCCUGAACGAGCAGGACGGUUUCGUGAAAGUGAUUUCCGAACAUAAGUAUGGCGAACUGCUCGGCGUUCAUAUUAUCGGGCCGUAUGCGACAGAACUGAUUCACGAAGCGGUGAUGGCGAUUAAGCUGGAAGCCACUGUGGAAGAAUUGAUGACCAAUAUCCACGCGCAUCCCACGCUUUCCGAAGCGCUGGGCGAAGCGGCAAUGGACGUUCGCGGUGAAGCGAUUCAUAAAAUGAAAAAGUAG